AUGGAAAAUAAAAAUACAGAUUCUAGAAGAUGGGAACCAGUCAACAAAUUGUAUAAAAUAUCAUCUUUUGUAGAUAUAUAUAAAAGUUUGCAAUACUUACGGAAGGUCACUGAAGAAAACGUCCUGGGCUUGCUACCAGCCGCAGAUCUCUUGCAGUUACAAGGAGUAAAAGACGCUUGUUGUGAUUUUUUACAGUCACAGCUCUGUCCUACAAAUUGUAUCGGUAUUAACACUCUUGCUGAUUUACAUAGCUGUAAAAAAUUGAUAACAAGUUCAGAAAUAUACAUUCAUCAACACUUUUCUGAAGUUUUUGGCGGUGAUGAAUUCCUAUCCUUAUCAUCGGAACAAGUAAUUAAGUUGAUAUCCAAUGAUAGACUUCCAGUAUCAUCUGAUGAAAAAGUGUUUGAAAGUGUGAUAGGUUGGGUGAAAUAUGAUUUGGGUUCAAGACAAUGUAUUUUACCCCAAUUAAUGGAACACGUGCGAUUACCAUUAACAUCGAAGGAUUACAUAUUAAAAAAUAUAGUUGUGGAACCUCUUAUUUUGAAUUGUUUUAAAUGUUAUCAUUACGUAUUUGAGGCAUUAAAUACAAUCAACUCAGAAGAUUUUAUUCCGCAAAUUGUCCGGAAUAUACCCAGACAUGGCGAUAAAGUUAUAUUAGCUGUUGGUGGAAAUGGGUUUAGAAAAAUAAAUUGUUUAGAAUGGUUUGAUCCAAGAACGGAUCAAUGGCAUUUUGGACCAGAAUUGAUUACAGACCGAUGUCAAAAUAGUCUAGUCGUAAUUAAUGAUAAUUUUGUAUUUGAUGUGGGUGGUAAUGUUUAUGACUUCGAACCACAUCGGUCUGUUUAUAUGCUUGAUUUGUCUUCCGAAUCACCUUGUUGGCAACCAAGUGUCGACAUGUUAGUUGAAAGAAAACUUUCAGGUGUUGGUGUAAUAAAUGAUAAUAUCUAUGCUGUAGGCGGAUUCGAUGAUAGAUUUGGUAAUUUACAAAGUGCAGAAGUUUUCGACUACAAUACUCAAGCAUGGCGUAUGAUAUCUAGUAUGACUUCUAUAAGAUCUUUAUUUGCUGUUGGAGUCCUGAAUGAUAUUUUAUAUGUGGUAGGAGGUCAAGAUCAAUCACAACGUCCAUUAGACACUGUUGAAUGUUAUAAUCCCAGUAUGGAUAUGUGGAGACCAGUUGCAAACAUGCGUGUACGUCGCAGUUGUGCCGGUGUAGGAGUUUUGAACGGUGUACUGUAUGCUGUAGGUGGCGUUGAUGGAUUGGACUGCCUGAGUAGUGUUGAAGCAUACAAACCAAGUACAGGAGUUUGGACUUCUAUGGCAGACAUGCUCUUACCUCGAAAAUAUCCAGAAGUAGUCACAUUAGAGGGUACUCAAAGUAUUUUGUCUCAUUUUGAGAUUUCUUCUUUCUCUCUAGAAUGGACCAAAUGGGAAUUCUAA